AAGCACAGCAGUUAGAAGCCAAAGUCUGAUAUAGUGGCAGUGAAGCACCUGAGCCAUGAGUGGAUGUCCCUUUCUUGGACAGAAGCAUAAAUUGUUCAAAAACAAGCUCCUUCUGAAGGAAGAUGAGGACGAUUCACAGGAGGGGACCAACAAGGCCAGCAAAGGAGGCCUCAUCUACGGCGAUUACCUGCAAUUGGACAAGGUGAUGAGUGCCCAGGUACUCCAGAGUGAACUGAAGGGAGACAAGAUUCACGAUGAACACCUGUUCAUUGUCACCCAUCAAGCUUAUGAACUAUGGUUUAAGCAGAUACUUUGGGAACUGGAUUCAGUAAGAGAUAUUUUUCAAAAUGACCAAGUUCGAGAUGAACGGAACAUGCUCAAAGUCGUGACCAGAAUCCAAAGAGUCACCAUGAUCUUCAGGCUCCUUGUUAACCAGUUUGCAGUCCUCGAAACCAUGUCCGCAUUGGAUUUUUUUGAUUUCCGGGAUUACCUUACCCCGGCCUCUGGGUUCCAGAGCCUUCAGUUCCGCCUGCUGGAGAACAAAUUGGGGGUCGCAGACAGCCUAAGGGUGCCCUACAACCGCAAACAUUACAGGGACAACUUCCAGGGCCAUGAAAACGAGAUUCUGCUGAGGUCUGAGAAGGAGCCAACUCUACUACAGCUGGUGGAGAAAUGGCUGGAGAGAACGCCUGGACUUGAGACAGAUGGUUUCAAUUUCUGGGGUAAACUGAAGGAAAAUAUUGAAGCAGGUUUUAUGAUUGAAACAAAGAAAAUUGAGCAAAAACCAGAGUCUGAGACAAAGCAAGAAAUGAUGGAAGAUCUAAAUAAGCAAAAAGACGUUUUUGCUUCCCUGUUUGAUGAAACACGGCACGAUCAUCUCUUAUGCAAAGGUGAAAGAAGGCUCUCCUACAAGGCUAUGCAAGGAGCUCUGAUGAUUAACUUCUACAGAGAGGAGCCCAGGUUCCAGGUCCCAUUCCAGCUCCUGUCCUCCCUCAUGGAUAUUGACACCCUCAUGACAAAAUGGAGAUACAACCAUGUUUGCAUGGUGCAUCGAAUGAUUGGCAGUAAAGCUGGUACUGGGGGUUCAUCUGGUUAUCACUAUCUGCGCUCUACAGUCAGUGACCGAUACAAGGUCUUUGUUGAUUUGUUCAACAUGGCCAGCUUCCUGGUGCCACGCACCUGGCAGCCCAAACUGAACCCCAGCAUUCACAAGUUCCCCUACACUGCAGAGUGCUAUGACAGCUCCUACUUCAGCAGCGAGGACUCUGACUAGGACAAUAGUGGACUCAACCGUAAAACGCGGAGACAGUCAGCUUUGUGUAGAAAAUGUUUAUCAAAUAUAUGCCUGUAUAUAGGUUUGGAAAAUAAAAAUAGCAAUAGCAAUAAGCGAGGACUGGAGGCAGAGGGCAUUCAUUCUUAAAUAGCUGUCUGGAGGAUGGUGGAGGGUGGAGGGUUCUGAAGGCUAAUGGUGUAUAGCCACUGGGGUGGAAAAAAUGAACAUUCACCAGGCAACAAACCUACCACAAACACAGGUUAAAUUACUAAUUUACUGUAGGACAGACCAUAUAACAGCAGUUGCUUAUUGACUAAAGUAUCUCAAUUGUACAUUUGAAGUCAAGGCAGUGACUGCUGACUUUUGUAUUGUGAUAGUGAGAGUCUAUUUUGAAAAUACUGAAAGGCUUCAUACCUCAAAUCUAAGGUAAUAUAUGUAUAUAUUUAGUAUUUAUAUCAGCAUUAUUUGAAUCUUCUGGCUCUGGUUCAUCCUCUGUUUUUACAAAAACUAUCCAUUUACAGUGAUGUGUAAUAUUUGUAUUAUAUUUGUA